AUGCUCCCCCCCUCCGUGCUCUACGCGCACUCACCCAUCAUGACUUCCCGCGGCACAGCCGUCGCGCCGUCGUCCUCCUCCCCUUUCCCCUGCCGCGAUCCGCCUAUUGCGCGAUUCUGCCCGCACGCUCAAGCAGACAUUACCCCCCAUCCGCCCCCGCCGUCGAUUUGGCCUCGCGAUCCGACGGCCCACCACGACUCGUCUGAUGCGCGUAUCGAGUCGCGCUCGCGUUUUAAUCACAAUAAUGUCACCGCUUCUCCGUCGUGGAAUCUUGGGAAUGUAUACGAACCUGGUUCGUCCUUUGCGGGGGCGGCUGGGGAAGGUUUGCGGCAAUGCGCACAGCCCACCCCAGUAGCGCGCGGCUCUUCCGCCGUUUCCGCCGCCUGCAGGCUCUUUUGCGCGCAUUGCGCCUCCAUCCUCGUCCCCUGCCUCUGCUGCGCCGCGCUCCUUAUCCCCCCCGCUCUUCCUUCCGCUUCCCCCGCUGCGUGUCGCGCAACCCCUCCCCGCCAGCGCGCAUGCGGGGAAAAGGCGGGGAACAAAGCCGCUUGCGGCGAUGGGGCAGCGCAAGGUUCUGGCGGAAACAGGGGGGGAGACGGAGGCGGUGCUGGUGAAUGCGGAGGGGUAGGAGGGCCGGGCGUGACAAAGGCAGCAGAGGCAGCAGGAGAAGCAGCGGCAGCGGCAACUGCGGCGGCAACUCCGACAGAGGCGGUGGUGACUGGUGAAGAUGUGGGGGGUGGCGGGAUAGGUUGCUCGCCACUUCCGCUGCCCCUGUCGCCCGUCAGUUCUCCCCGCACAGUGAGGGGCAGCACGAAGCAGCGUGGUGAUUGGUGGAGAGAUGGGAGACCGGAGGUUGAGGGAUGCGAGGGAGGUGAGGGGGGAAAGGGAAGAGAGGGAAGAGAGGGUGGAGAGGAAGGAGAGGAAGGAGAGGGAGGAGAGGGAGGGGAAGCAGCAGAGCGAGGCUUGGCAACGGCGGGCAUGAGCUGUGGUCGCUGUGGCAUUGCUCUGCUGCACCCCUUCUGGCACCCCACACUCCCAUCUGCCGCUGCCGCUGCCGCUGCUGCUGCUGGUCCUGCUGGAUCUAAGACUAGCAUUGAUGCCAGCAAUGUGAAUAAUGGUGGUGAUUGCACUGCCUCUGCUGCCCCUGCUUGCACUGCCGCUGCCGCUCCUCCACCUGCCGCCGCCGCUGCUGCUGCUGCUGCUGCUGCUGCUGCUGCUGCUGCUGCUGCUGCUGCUGCUGCUGCUGCUGCUGCUGCUGCUGCUGCUGCUGCUGCUGCUGCUGCUGCUGCUGCUGCUGCUGUUGCAGCAGCUGUGGCAGCACUGCGUGCACAUGUGUGGCCUGUGGGAGCAUCAAACAGCGCCUGUAUGGGAGAGCACCAAUCACCGUGGGACAGCUGGCGCGAUCUCCUUGGGGUCUGGCCGGCGCAAGAGCUUCCUCUUGCUGUGCAGCACACACACGUUCCCAAGCACUCCAACGCUCCUCUGCGCUCCAACGUCCCUCCGCCCACACCUGGCGACGACACACACCACAGCGGCUGGCAGGUGGGGGGUGCGGAGACAGCAGGGGCGGCGAGAACUAGAUCACGGGGGAGUGGAGAGCGGUGGAAGGGCCGCGAGGGUAAUCCCCAUGCUGAAAAGGAUAGAGCAGGGAGGAAAGGCGGGGCAAAGAGUAGAGUAGGGGAGAAAGGUGCGGAGGAGGAUGUGAGAGCAGAAGGGCAGGGCUUAUUAAGUGAGGGAAAAGGAGCAGGGAGGGAGGGAAGAGACUGCGUCCGGACAGGAGGAGGAGAUGGAAUGGAGGGGCGCGAGGGAGGUGGUGCAGGAGGGGAAGGGGGCGAAAGGGAAGGGAGGCAAGGGGGCGAGAGGCUGAGGCAGCAGGGAAGGGAGAGGGUGAGACUGGCGCAGCAUGAGACUGCUGCUGAUGGCGCACGAGCAGUGGUGCGCGGUGGAGAUGCUGAUAGAGCCCCCACUGCUGGUGGUGCUUCUGGUGGAGCUUCUGUUGCAGCUGGCGGUGGUGUUGCUGCUUCUGGUGCUGGUCGUGGCGAUGGCGAUGGCGAUGGUGGUUGUGCCACUGGUGCUGCUGUGAGGCGGUCGGCCAUGGGUGCAGGGAGGCAGUUGAGGACAUGUGAGCGAGCGGCCAAGAGAGUGUGCUUCGGCACGCAGGAACCCAAUGGCACCACAGCCACACGCUCUGUCCGCCAGUCCCUCACACCCACCCGUGCAUCCUCCAGCAAGCAAAAGCACCCAUCUCCACUCCCUUCUUCCACCACCAUGACUUUUGAGACGUCUCAAAAGCCAUCUCCACUCCCUUCUUCCACCACCAUGCCUCCUCCUUGCACUCCCUCACUCCCUCUCCCUGCCUCCCUUGCUGCUGCUGCCACCCUAGCCACCCCUCCCACACGGCCCUCCAGAGCCCUCCGUCCAUCCACGCCCUCCUCCCCUCAGCCUCCCUACACACAGCCCAUGCAGCCGCACUCAUCUCUUCCCUCCCCUGCCCGUGAAUUUUCUCCUCUGCCUCCUACCCGUGCCGUAAACCCCCGCGGUGGUGCUGCUGGGACGACUAGGGGCUCUCAGCCCGGGCAGAACCAGGCUGCUUGCUCUCUGUCCCCAGCAGCAGCAGGAAGGAGAGGCGGAGGCGGAGACAAGGCAGCAGCAGAAGCUGUUAUGCUAGCAGCAGUAUCGGAGACAGCAGAGAUCGCAGAGAGAGCAGGAGAAAGAGGGGCAGGUGGAAAGACGCAUUUGUCAGUGGAGAGAGGGAAGGGGCAAGGGGCGAGAGGCAGUGUGGGUGCAGGUGACAGAAAGCGGAAGGCCAAGGAGAAAGGCAAGCAAGGCAAAUCUAGGCAGGUGGCAGAGCCAGAGGCAGAGGCUAGUAAUAUGCGACGUGGGAAAGGUGCUGCUGCGGCAGUGGAUCAUGCUGCUGCUGCUGCUGCUGCUCGCACUGCGGGCACUGACCAUGAGCGAGUGACAGGUGCAGUCACGACAGGAAUGACUGCUGUUCUUGCUGAUUGUGAUGGUACUGGUGGUGGUGGUGGUACUGCUGCUGCUGCUCCUGCUGCUGCUGCUCCUGCUGCUGCUACUGGUGCUUCUGGUGCUAACGGUAGCAGCAGAGGCAGGGAGAGGAUCAAUCAGGGUGGAGAGAAGAAUGAAGUAAAGAAUCGGAGUGGAGUCCGUGCACCCAGCAGCACUAACCAUCCCAACGCCAUACCUGCACUCACACCUGCUACAACCACCAGCACGCACGACAUGGAACCCCACUCUCCACGCCUGCGUCUCAUCCACAUGCGAGCAGCCCUGCUGCAGCAGCAAUGCUCCUCCACUCUUGCCCUAGAGCUCUCUUUUUCCUCCUCCUCCUCACUCCUCUCCUCCCCGAACCUUCCCGCUUGCUCCCCUUCCUGCUCCUACCGACCCUCCGGCCGAGCCUAUGCAGCCAUGCGCACUGCCCGGACCUCGCUAGCAAGUUCGGAUUGGAAUUGGGAAGGUGGAGGAGGAGGGGGAGGGGCCUUUGGGUUCGGAACCUUGCACGUGAAUAUGCUGCGGAUGUCACUUGAAGUGCUUGGAAGUGGGGACUGUUGUGAGGCAGAGAAGUGCACGGGGAAACGAGGAAGCAGGGGAGAAGAGGGUGGCGGAGAUGGUUGUUUUGGUGAUUUCGAUUGUCAUCGUGCUGCUAGCAAGAGGGUUCGUGAUGGUAAUGGUGCUGUUGGUGGUUUCAGUGUUGGUGGUGAUAACCAUGUCGGUGAGAUUGAUGAGCAAACACGGGUAAGUACUGAUCCCAAGAAGCAGCUGCCAAGUACACAGGCUAGAUGGCAAGCAGGCAGUGAAUGCAUCUCUAUCAGUGCCUUAGCGAAGCUGGUGGUGGGUGGCAUUUCUCGUCUUGUAGUGAGGCAGAGAGCACCGCGUGUGGAGGCGCAGAGGAGGCUGGAGAUGAGUGACGUGGCGCGGCAACUGCAGGAGGACCUAGGGACUGGGCUAGGGGGAAUAGAGGAGUAUGGGAGGGAGGGUUUUGUGGACGAGUUAAUGGAGGAGAGCCCGAGUGUGAGUGAGAGGAGGGAGGCUCGGCAGCUGCAGCAGUGGGAGACGGAGGAGGAGAAGGAAGGGACGACACACACGUAUCACCCCCACACCCGCCACAACGGGCACGGGCAGCAACGGGCAGCACAGGCACGGGCAGCAGCGGGCGGCAACGGGCAGCACCGGCACGGGCAGCAACGGGCAGCAACAGGCAGCACAGGCACGGGCAGCAACGGGCGGCAACGGGCAGCACAGGCACGGGCAGCAACGGGCGGCAACGGGCAUCACAGGCACGUGCAGCAACGGGCAGCACAGGCACGGGCAGCAACGGGCGGCAACGGGCAGCACAGGCACGGGCAGCAUCGGGCGGCAACGGGCAGCACAGGCACGGGCAGCAACGGGCGGCAACGGGCGGCAACGGGCAGCACAGGCACGGGCAGCAACGGGCAGCACAGGCACGGGCAGCAACGGGCGGCAACGGGCAGCACUGGCACGGGCAGCAACGGGCAGCACAGGCACGGGCAGCAACGGGCAGCACAGGCACGGGCAGCAACGGGCGGCAACAGGCAGCACAGGCACGGGCAGCAACAGGCGGCAACGGGCAGCACAGGCACGGGCAGCAACGGGCGGCAACGGGCAGCACAGGCACAGGCAGCAACGGGCAGCACAGGCACGGGCAGCAACGGGCAGCACAGGCACGGGCAGCAACGGGCGGCAACGGGCAGCACAGGCACGGGCAGCAACGGGCGGCAACAGGCAGCACAGGCACGGGCAGCAACGGGCAGCACAGGCACGGGCAGCAACGGGCAGCACAGGCACGGGCAGCAACGGGCAGCACAGGCACGGGCAGCAACGGGCGGCAACAGGCAGCACAGGCACGGGCAGCAACGGGCGGCAACGGGCAGCACAGGCACAGGCAGCAACGAGCAGCACAGGCACGGGCAGCAACUGGCAGCACAGGCAGCACAGGCACGGGCAGCAACAGAGCGCACGAGAGCGCGGGCAGAGCAGAGCGCACGAGGGCGCGGAUGA